ACGUCAUCUUUCGAGCGAGGGCGGCUUCUGCUGCCAAGAUAUGUAGGUGGGGCGGGAGCGAGCGCCGGAGACGCGCGAAGAGGGAGGCGCCUGUCCUAAUACAGAGCCAAGAGAGUAAAAAAUGGCCACCAAGUCGUGUCCGCAGUGUGACCAACAGGUUCCCGUUGCCUGCAAAUCCUGCCCUUGUGGAUAUAUAUUUAUAAGCCGAAAACUUCUACAUGCAAAGCAGUCGCAGAGAUUACCUCCUACAUCAGAAAAUCGAUCAGAUCCAAAAAGACGUCGAACUGAGCGGAUCAAAAGAGAGAGAAUACACACUACAGUAAAUAGAGAUUUAGAGAACAGGAAAAGAUCACGAUCUAACAGCCAGUCUGAAGCAUCAAGACGGGGAAGAGGCCGACCAAAAACAGCAACAACAAAAAAGCAAGAAGAAGAGAAAGAAAAGCAAGAAAAAGAAGUUGAUAUGUAUGCCAACCUGUCAGAUGAAAAAGCGUUUGUGUUUUCAGUUGCUUUAGCUGAAAUUAACAGGAAAAUUAUUAACCAAAGGCUAAUACUCUGACUGUUUCCAUAGAACCAACCUCCAUGUUAUAUACAAAGUAAAGCCCAUCUAGCUGUAUCAGCACAGAUCAUGGACUCUGCAUCUUUGGGGAACCCCAUAGAGUAUUCUGCGUGAAAGACUGUUUUUUGCCAAGAGAUUCAGCAUUGCUAUACAGAAACUUUUUUUUUUUUUUAAUGGACAUUAUCCAGUUUUCACCCUUUCAGAAGUGUAGUACACUCUGGCAGCCAGCCAGUGUACGUGUAUUUAAAUGCUUGAUAAAUUGAUAUAUAUAUAUAUAUAUAUAUAUAUAUAUAUAUAUUGUAUAUCUAUAUAUUACAUUUUUUUUGAUAAAUUAAUGUAUAGUUUAUAUAACCUUUAUAUAUUAAACAGUUGUUACA